AGACUCGAACUUGUGGUGAUGUAGAGAGAGAGAGAGAGAGAGAGAGAGAGAGAGUUUGCAAUUGCAUUGAUGAGUAGUGAGUGGAGAGGGUGGGGCCAAAGCUAAACUCACCCAACCCCAACAAGACUGUAAUAAAACCGUGUUGUGAGUUCUGAGAUGGCACAACACUGCUACAACUACUGAAAAAUCCGAAACCGACAUUCUACAACGUCAAUUUAUGUGUGCUACUUGACUUGAAUCAUUUUCUCUCUCUCUCUCUCUCUCUCUGAAACCCCAUUUCUUCUUCUUCUUCCUCUUUUUAUUUCUCACAUAACUCCUCUUUUCCUCACCUCAAUCUCACUUUUUGUUGUUGUGGUUUUCUCUUUUGGGUCUUCAGCUUUUCAAGCGAAGUCUCAAAGCUAAAAAAUUUCAGGUAUAACGUCUCUCAAGUUUUUUCUGGAAGCUAAUUAGUUAUUAUUGGCAAUGAGCAAUCUCAAGCUAGGUGUGGAAGUUGUGGGUGCUCAUGACCUUAUGCCCAAAGAUGGACAGGGCUCAUGUAGUACUUAUGUGGAACUUCACUUUGGUGGUCAGAAAUUUGGGACUACAACUAAAGAGAAAGAUUUGAAUCCUGUUUGGAAUGAGAAAUUUUACUUCAAUGUUACUGAUCCAAGCAAAUUGCAGAAUCUCACUCUUGAUGCUUGCAUCUACCACUAUAGCAAGAGUAAUAAUUCCAAAGUCUUCCUGGGUAAGGUUCACCUUACUGGACCCUCAUUUGUACCUUAUGCCGAUGCUGUUGUUUUGCACUACCCUCUGGAAAAGAAAAAUGUUUUUUCCCGCAUUAAAGGAGAGCUUGGUUUGAAGGUAUAUGUCACUGAUGAUCCUUCGAUAAAAUCCUCAAACCCUCUUCAUGAUGUGGAACCCUCUGCGCACACAGUCCAACCCUCAACCCCAGAUCAAUCACCAGUUUCAUUCACAAAUUCAAUCCUGAACGUCUUUUCUCGCAAGAAAAAUGAGACAAAGCACACAUUUCAUACCCUUCCCAAUUCAAAUGAAGAAAAACAGCAUAAAUCUUCUUCUUCUUCAGCUGCUGCAAAGACAACUAAAGACUCAGGGAUGCAUGAGACUAAAUCUGGAAUGCCUCCUCCAAAAGUUUUGCAUGCGUAUCCAGGUUUGUCCUCCCCAAUGGAUUAUGCACUCAAAGAGACAAGCCCUUUUCUUGGAGGGGGACAAGUAGUUGGUGGGCGAGUUAUUCGCGGGUACAGGCCAUCCAGCUCCUAUGACCUUGUUGAACCAAUGCAAUACCUAUUUGUACGAGUUGUAAGAGCUCGUUUGGCUGGGAGCAUUGAUCCAUAUGUGGAGGUAAAGGUUGGAAAUUUCAAAGGAAUUACCAAACACUAUGAGAAAACUCAAGAUCCUGAAUGGAAUCAAGUGUUUGCCUUUGCAAGGGAAAAUCAGCAGUCAACUUUGCUUGAAGUUGCGGUCAAAGACAAGAAUAUAUUACUAGAUGAAGUUAUUGGCACUGUGAAGUUUGAUCUCCACGACGUUCCUACACGUGUUCCACCUAAUAGUCCAUUGGCUCCUGAGUGGUAUAGGAUUGACAAGGGUAAGGACAAGAAAAAAGGGGAGCUGAUGCUCGCUGUAUGGUUUGGCACACAAGCCGAUGAAGCUUUUCCUGAUGCUUGGCAUUCUGAUGCUCUCUCCUCUGGUGAUAUCUCCUCAGCUGCAUAUGCUCAUAUGAGAUCAAAAGUUUACCAUUCACCAAGAUUAUGGUACGUACGGGUUAAAGUUAUCGAGGCUCAAGACUUACAUGUGUCAGAGAAUUCCCAAAUCCAUGAUGCCUAUGUUAAGCUACAGAUUGGUAACCAGAUUUUGAAGACAAGACCAGUUCAAUCAAGGACUAUGAUUCUGCGUUGGGAUCAAGAGCUGAUGUUUGUUGCUGCUGAACCCUUCGAGGAACCUCUGAUUGUUUCAGUGGAAAAUCGAGUUGGUCCCAACAAAGAUGAGACUAUUGGAGCUGUUGUUAUUCCUUUAAACCAAACUGAUAAGCGAGCUGAUGAUAGACUUAUCCUUACUAGGUGGUAUCACCUUGAAGAGUCCAUGCCAUCUGCGAUGGAUGGGGAACAAGGAAAAAAGGAGAAAGAUAAAUUUUUUAGUAGAAUUCACCUUAGUGUCUGUCUUGAUGGUGGUUACCAUGUUUUUGAUGGGUCAACUUAUUAUAGUAGUGAUCUCAGACCAACGUCAAAGCAGCUCUGGAAGAAGUCAAUUGGUCAUUUAGAAAUUGGCAUUCUAAGUGUCGAUGGACUUCAUCCGACGAAAACAAGGGAUGGAAGGGGGAUAACAGAUACAUACUGUGUGGCAAAAUAUGGGCAUAAAUGGGUUCGCACUCGAACCAUUAGUGACAGUCUUAGUCCAAAAUACAAUGAGCAGUACACUUGGGACGUUUAUGAUCCUGCUACAGUUCUCACUGUGGCGGUGUUUGAUAAUGGACAACUUCAAAAUUCAGAUGGUAACAAAGAUCUAAAAAUUGGUAAAGUUCGGAUCCGGAUCUCAACCCUGGAAGCUGGUCGUGUUUACACAAACGCUUACCCAUUACUAGUCCUACAUCCUUCAGGUGUCAAGAAGAUGGGUGAGUUGCACUUGGCCAUUAGAUUCUCCUGUUCCUCAAUGGUUGACUUGAUGCAACAGUAUUUCAAGCCUCACUUGCCAAAAAUGCACUAUAAGAGGCCACUUAACUUAAUGGAACAGGAAAAGCUGCGACACCAAGCGGUCAAUGUUGUUGCUGCUCGACUUAGUAGGGCGGAACCCCCGCUUAGAAAGGAGGUAGUUGAAUACAUGUGUGACACAGAUUCUCAUCUCUGGAGUAUGAGGCGCAGCAAGGCGAACUUCUACCGUCUGAUGACAGUGUUUUCUGGAAUUCUCUCGGUGGUAAGAUGGUUAGGGGAAGUUUCCACAUGGAAGCAUCCUAUAACAACAGUGCUGGUGCACAUUCUUUUUCUGAUGCUUGUGUGUUUCCCUGAACUUAUACUGCCAACCGUGUUUCUAUACAUGUUUGUCAUCGGCAUGUGGAAUUGGAGGUUCCGGCCAAGGUGCCCUCCUCACAUGAACAUCAGACUCUCCUAUGCAGAAAGGGUGACCCCGGAUGAGCUUGACGAGGAAUUUGACACAUUCCCCACCUCAAAGAGCCCCGACAUUCUACGUUGGAGGUAUGAUCGGUUAAGAAGUGUGGCUGGGAGGAUCCAGAGUGUUGUUGGAGAUUUAGCUACUCAAGGAGAGAGGAUCCAAGCUCUUGUGAACUGGCGUGAUCCUCGUGCCACUGCCAUGUUCAUGGUAUUUUGCUUCGUGGCUGCUAUUGCGUUGUAUGUCACACCCUUCCAGCUGCCUAUUCUUCUGACUGGAUUCUACUUGAUGAGGCACCCCAUGCUUCGAAGCAAGGUGCCGCCUGCUCCGGUUAAUUUCUUCCGCAGGUUGCCUUCUCUCACAGACAGCAUGCUGUAAAUGGACACUCUUGGUGUGUUCUUGAAUCUUGAAAACUUAUCUGCUGCUGCCAGUGUUUGAAUCUGGCAUUAGUUUUUGGCAGUGGUUGUAGAAUCAUUGGAGCUAUCUCACUUUGUGUUGGUUUAUUGAGUGUUGACUGUUGAUGCAACUGUAUACUUAGUGUGGUAAAACUCCAAUGUAGUUUUCAUGUUAAUCAGCGUUUGUGAACUUAUGUUCUAUGCUUGAAUGGCUCGUGACUAUGUUAAAUGAUCUGUCUAAGCUCUUAAGUGACUAAGAAAAUUGUAUUUCUAAGAGGAGUACUGAAAUGAUCUUUGGGCUCAA